AUGUUUGCAACGAAGCGACCAACAAAGCGCAUGCGUAUAUUAGGGCCCUGGGAUUUGAACCUUGCCAAUAUAGUGCCCGAAAUAGAUGUCAAUGCCGCACGUCAAGCGAAUGAUCUGCGGUUGAAGUCACGUUUUGAAGAUAUAUUUGAAAAAUAUGGAAAGGACUUCAGUUCUGUUGGAGAUGAGAUUGACUUGGCGACGGGCAGGAUCAUUAUUGACAAUGGACAUAUUGAGAAAAUGAGAAAUGAGCAGGAUCUCGGGGCGCAAAAAUGGAGAUACGAAUUCGAUCCUCUUGGUGAAACUGAAGCCACUACGGAUCGCCUGGAUAAGUCUCCCAAUUUUCCGACUAUAAAUCAUUCUAGGCAAAAUAAAGAGCCUACGGAGGUCGAAGAAGUUCACCCGAGAAACGUCAUUAGUUUUGGGGAGGGCUCUCACAGCAUUUGCAGCCGGAAUUCUGGGCUUCGUAGUCGAAACGGCUCUCCGUUUGAGAACGGUGUGUCGCCUCGUAAUGGUUUCUUGCAUAGGACUUCGAGCUAUUUGAGCAGAGAACGAGUGAGGACAAGUUCACAAUCUGUAGAACCACUCUGGCAAACUUCUGAAAUCGACAAUCGCCUUUUCGGGUCCUUUCCGGCACCUGCUUUAACCCCGAUCUUUCCAAGGAACCGAUCUGUUUCACCUCCAAAUUCCGGGUCACUAUGGGCGCUUCCCCAAACUGGUCGACCAAAAUUGUCGCGGACAAAGGGGCGCAAACCUCUUGGGGCGCGAAAAAUUCGAUCAUUGAAAAGAUCCAAAUCCUCUGAUUGUAUUUCCCAUUCUGAUUCGGAUGAUCCUCUUCAGAAUGCCUUUCGUUCUGUUUCCACACCAUCCAAAACGCGUACUCCCGCUAAAGCUACCAUCGCCGCUUCUACGCUCUGCACUAACAAAUCGUCGACAAUUAUACGAGAGCCUACCAAAAAAUCAGAUUCGUCUUAUCCCUCUCCGUCCUAUCCUUUACAAAAAUCCGAGUUACAUGAUCAUAAACCUGAGGAUGAGAUGCCACAAUCAUCUCCUCAAAACCAUGACCAACAAAAACUGGGUAUCCUUACAGAGUCGCCUUCAUUUCAAGUGAAUGAUUCCAUAGAAAAUUCUGUGGAAAGUGAGUCAUCUACCAACCCGGAGAAUGAUAUAUCUCUAUAUGAACCUGAUUCAAUAUCAAAAAUUCCUGAAACAUCAAAGCCAGCAAAACUUAGCACUGCAACCGAGCCUUUAACGCCUAGUGAAAUAAGAAUUAUCUUAACUCUACGGGUAGUACAGAAGCGACCUUGGAAAGAGGUUUACCGCUCCAUUCCUGAAAGGACAUCUGGGCAGCUAAGACAUUGGUACUAUGUCCGGUCUGUCGAUAUCAAAAGAUGUCGUCCACCAGAAAUAUCGUGGACAGAGGAAGUAAAAGAUGCGCUGGAGUCUUUUAAGUUGCAAUCUGAGGUUUCAUGGGAGGAUUUAGAAGCUGCACUCAAAGGCCAAACGAGAAAUGAGUUACAGUGCGAAUGGGCUAAGAUAUGUCUAGGGGAAGCGUGGGAAGAUUGGAAAAGCUCCUAUUGUCCACCAACUCAGCAACAGGAGUGGCAAUUUAAAACACCGACCAGACUGCCGAAAAGAACUCUGGUUAUAAAAUCUCCAUCACUGGUGAAACUUCUACAACCGGCUCGAACGGUCUCACGUCGACCAGCGCCCCUCACGCCGUUCUCUGCUCCGGCCAAACAAGUCGAGCAAAGUGAUGAGAGUGACGAUAGUGAUGACCCUCUUUCCGAAGCCUUUGACACAGCAUGGAGCGGGGCAGGCUUAUCUUCGAUUCAGGUCGACACGCCUCCCAAAAUGCGCACUCCACAGAAGAGGCAAAGUUUGAUAAAAAUUGCGGCCUCACCCUAUAAACGGCGGACCCCAAAAGAGCAGUUCGACGUAUAA